GGGCAGAGAACUAAGGGAGGAAAAAUAGUGGACAGGACAUUUUGCUUAUCUGCAAAUGUUAUAUGCAAAUUAUAGUACAAUCCAUCUUAUUCCCUUACAGGUAAGCACAGACGCUUCCAGCUUGAGAAACACAGAUCCAAAAGGUCGGAGUGCAUUGUUGGCUGAUAUCCAGCAAGGAGCUCGCCUACGAAAAGUCACACAGAUCAAUGACCGCAGUGCCCCACAAAUCGAGAAUUCUAAGGGAACCAACAAAGAAGGAGGAGGUUCUGCAAACUCCAGAGGUGGGAGCACACCCCCAGCCUUGGGAGAUCUGUUUGCUGGGGGCUUUCCUGUGUUACGACCAGCAGGCCAGAGGGAUGCAGCAGGUGGCAAGACAGGGCUGGCCCCUGGCUCCCGAGCGCCUUCUCCCAGGCUUCCCACCAAAACCAUCAGCGGUCCACUGAAUCCCCCUCCAUCUCCCCGACUGGGAAAUGCUUCCGAGGCACAUGGCACUGCCCGGGCAGUCCCUCCUCGCCCCAACAUGCCUGCUCCACCUCCACCUCCUCCACCCUUAACCCCACCCCUGCCCCCAUCCUCCCCCACCAGAGCUCCGCUGGUAUCCCCACCUGGCCCAUCCAACAAAGGGAACCCCCCCUUGGGCAUACCCCCUCUGCCCACCAUGGCGCCUCCAGCUCCACCACCACCACCACCACCUCUCCCAACCCCACCCCCGCUGCCCCCAGCCUCAGGUCUCAGUGACAAGGCAGUGAAGCCUCAGCUAGCCCCCUUGCCCCUACCACCCAUCCCUCCCCCGCUCCCCCUUCUCCCACCCUGUGGGUAUCCCGGGCUCAGUGUGGAUGCUGUGAGCCCCAACCAAGAUGUGCGGGAGCCCCCGGCCCCUCCAGCUCCUCCGCCCCCACCGCCUCUGCCACCCCCACUCCCCCUUUACGCCUCAUGCUCCCCAAGGUCUCUGCCGGUACCGCCUUUGCCAGGUGCUAAUACCAGCAGCGAAGCACCACCGCCGCUACCCCCCAAGUCCCCCAGCCUCCAGGCCCAGCCCCAGAAGCCCAGUGUGCAGGUCUUGCCCACGCCGCCAGCCCCGCCAGGGCCUCAGUUCCUGCAGAAGAAGAGGCAUGGCCGAGGCCCAGGGACCAGUGGGGGGAAGCUAAAUCCACCCCCAGCCCCGCCUGCAAGAUCACCUACCACGGAGCUUUCAAGCAGGAGCCAGCAAGCCCCAGCCUGGACCCCGACCCAGCAGCCAGGAAGUCAGCUGAGAAAUGGAAGCCUGCACAUCAUGGAUGACUUUGAGUCUAAAUUCACGUUCCAUUCUGUGGAAGACUUUCCUCCUCCAGAUGAAUAUAAGCCAUGCCAGAAGAUUUAUCCCAGCAAGAUCCCCAGAAGCCGUACACCUGGUCCCUGGGUCCAUGCUGAGGCAGCCGGGCAGGGCUCUGAUGACAUCAAAGGAAGAAAUUCUCAGGUAACACGUCUCUCAGGCCUCUGAAUGUAAAACCAGGAAUUCUCCUCAGGGAGCACAGAUACAUUGAGAGUAUACUUUCUCCUUAGCAGCUUAAAAAUUUUCCUCAGACUCCUUUUCCUCAAGAAAAGCCAUUUUGUGUACCUUUGUUUCCAGCUAGAACAAAACACCCAUACUUUUAAAAUCUGGAGAGUGAAAAGGGGCUUCCCUUUAAUCACUACCACAUAUAGAAGCAAAUUUGGCAAUUCAGAACCCCUUUAGAAUCAUCCCGCAAAAUUCACCCCAUUCACUCCCCAUUUCUUCACUGGUUAUGAUGGCCCAGGGACCC